AUGUCUAUGAGCCAAGAGGAAGCAAUAAACUCUUUGAUUCGAAUUACUGGAAGAGGGUUUUAUGAUACUGGUUCUGUACUUGUGCUAGAAGCACUUUUAUGGCAUAAAGUAUUGUCCGAAGAUGAUUUACGACAAUUGUUGAAUAUACAACCCAAGGACCUACGAGUGGUCUGUUCCAAGUUAAUGGAGGAUAGAUUAAUAAAGGAGUAUAAACAAAGAGAGCCUAUUGGGACCCAUAACAAGGAGAAGGAAAAAGAAAGAGAGAGAGAAAGAGAGGAGAGGGAAAAGGAAAGAGAGAAAAGUAAAACUGACGACAGCAAAGAUGGUGGAGAUAAGGAAGGAGGAGGAUCCAGAUUUUCCUUCCAAAGACAUAUAACCAGAACUUAUUAUUUUAUACAAUAUUCUUUAGCGAUCGAUUCGAUCAAAUGGAAAGUUGAUUCCAUCGUGAGAGCAGUGGAUAGUGACUUGAAUAAGGUAAAUGAGAAGGGAUUUGUCUGCCCUAUGUGCAAAAAGAAGUUCACAGAACUUGACAUUCAGAGUUUAUUCAAUGAUGAUUUCACUGCCGCCUAUUGUAAUAUUUGCAAUACACCACUCAUCGAGGAUGAUUUCUCAGAACAAUUUAGAGCAAAGCACCAGAAAUCCAUCAAAUUGAAAGGUCAGCUAGACCCAAUAUUACAAUGGUUGAAGAAGAUAGAUGAUAUUCAAUUUCUCGAGGACAAUAAUAUUGAAACCUGCUUUCUUACAAGAGUUCCUGCCAGCGAUACCAGUCUUGCAGUAUACACGAAGAUCGACAAGACGGGGGUUAUGUUCGAUACGAAUUCGUACAGCUCCGCAACCAAUAAACCUAAGAAUCAAUUUGAAUCUGCGACAAUUAAGGUCAAUAUUGCUGGUGAUAAUGAGGAAGAAGCCCGGAAGCAAGAAGAGAGAGUAAAGAUGAAACAGGAUAAGGCCGAACAGAAUGCAUUACCAAGCUGGUACCAAGAAUCGACUGUCGGUAAACAAUCUUUGGGUAAAUUGGAUGGUGAUAAUGCUACGCAGAGACAGGAUGAAGGAAGUGCUUCAACAACAUCAAAUGGUGCGGAGGACGACAAGCCAGAAAACACAGUUAACAAGCAAUCUGAUUCUUUUGCAGCUGACACAUUAAGUGGAAAUAAUAACACCGCCACUAAAACCCAAGAGGCAGAUGAACUAACAGCAUAUUAUGAGAGGUUGAAAGCACAGAAGGAGCAGGAAGAAGAAGAAGAUGAUGAUGAUGAGGAUAUGGAUGAUGAAGAUUUUGAUGAUUUCGAAGACGUUUGA